AUGCUCUUCGUCCCGCGCCAAGUCAGACUCGCCUCCCUCCCCGCCGCCGCCGCCAUGGCCAAGGAGGAGGCCAAGAAGGAGAAGAAGAGCAAGAGCAAGGCUGCCGCUGCCAAGGCCUCCCCCGCCCCCGACGCGAGGGUCCUGGCCGCCGUUGCCGCCUUCCUCGAGUCCAGCGGCCUUCCCCGCACGCUCGCCGCCCUCCAAUCCGAGGCCAACCUCGAGGGAGACUCUUGGAGGUCAUCGCCGGUGAACCUGGCAGAGGCGAUUUCCAAGUUGUUGGGCUCAAGCAGCAGCUCUGCUCCAGUUUUCGUCUUUGCGGCAGGCACCGAGCAAGAGAAAGCUGCUGAUGCCGUAGCUGAAGAGAAAGACGCCGGCAAGAAAAAGAAGAGCAAGAAAGGCGGUGCUGAAGUUAUAGAAUCCGAGAGCAAGCCAAGUGAGCCUUCUGCCCCUGAAAAGCCCAUUGAAAAGGAGGAGGAUGAGACCAAAGAGAAGAAACGGAAGAAGAAGAAGGAUAGCUCGUCAGCGGGGGAUGAUGCUGGUGGCGAGGCAAUUGCAGUAGUGAAGACUGAGGAUGAUCUGAAGCCUGAUGGCAAGAAAAAGAAGAGCAAGAAACAGGACAAGGAUGAGAAUGUUGAAGCUAGGCUGGAAAAGGUGGAGUUAGCGGUAAAAGCCAAGUUUGAGGCUGCAGGGAAACUUAAGGAUGAUGGCAAGAAAUCCGGAGAGGAAGAAUCUAAGGGUCAGAAUGAUGAGGCGGACAAGAACGGUUUGGGCGAUGGUGCUCCUCUGGAUAAGGGGAAGAAAAAGAAGAAGAGUAAAUCUGCUUCAGAAACCGCAGAUAAGGCUGAUGCAGGAACUGCACCUACCGAGGUUGAGGUGAAACCUAAUGGUGUCAAUGAAAAUAGUGUUGAUGUAGAAAAAGGGGAAGAUGUCAAGGAGAAGAAGAGUAAGAAGAAGAAAAAGAAGUCGGGUUCUGAAGAAAAUGUUCUGGUAGAAGAUAAACAAGUAGCAGAGAAAGAUUCAGCUCCCAAACCUGAUGAUGAUAACAAGACUGAGAUGGACAUUGAGAAGGGAGAGGAGGAUGGGAAGGCUUUAACUGACGAUGCAGUUAUUAGUAAGAAGAGGAAACUAGAAGAAGAUAUCGCUGCCACUGAAGAUGAUGUGAAGGAGCCCAGCGCCAUAUCAAAACCGAAUAAAAGGCAGAAGCUUUCAUCUGAGCCUAAAACUGUGAUUGCAUUCCAACGGGUGAAGCUGGAUGAUGUUAAAUUUGCUGAUGAAAGACUACAAGAUAAUUCAUAUUGGGCCAAGGGUGGUGCGGACUCUGGGUAUGGUGCGAAGGCACAGGAGAUUCUUGGGCAAGUUAGAGGAAGGGGCUUUAGACAUGAGAAGACCAAGAAGAAGCGUGGAACCUACAGGGGUGGAAACAUUGAUUUCCAGACCCACUCGGUUAAGUUCGCCAAUUCAGACGACGAGUGACUGCUUUGCUGCUGCAAGUUAUCCCACAUUUCCCUCGGUCCAGUCUCUCUGAAAGGAAGAAGCGAAGGCACACUGCAGUGAAGAAGGAAAAAACAUUAAAUUGUUGGUAUUUUGCCCUUUCUGUUAUGCUGCAUGCCCUGCUAAGUCGUCAGAAUUUUGUAUUGGACUGAUCAGUGAGAUGUACCAUUUUUUGCUAUGCUAAUGCGAAAUGAAACAUUUCUACAUAGUAUCAUGUUAUUUGAGGCAUACCUGCACCUGUCCCUGAAUUA